CUCAUUUGUGUUUGCGUCACACUUUGAGAACCUCAGCUUUAGCCUGACGUUUAAAUGAGGUUUGACUUCCUGUAUUUUUGCAGCGAGUAGGUUUUGUGACAUUGCAUUGGAAGUGUGUGAAGGGGCCUAACGUUUCAUUGAACUCCAGAUCAACACCCAGUCAACAUUAGAAACGGAUGAUGGCGAUGGUGACUAACCGACUUGGGUGUUUACCAGUUCUUGUUUUGCUGCUAACUUUGAGCAGUUUUGUCACGUCAAGAUCUCUUAGGACCAAAAGGCAAAAUAGUCACAACGAGACAUCGAUAAACACAGGCACACACAGUACAGCAACCGUAGCUCAAGCCGAGAAUGCAACAAGCACCACUGUGGAAACUUCGAAGGCUUCGAGUAUGCUACAGACAGUGACUGUAAUGCCUGAUUUAAAUAUCUCUGCAACUACAGAUUACCACCAUGCUCCAGAUUUGAACCACACCCAACAAAGCUACGCUGCAGGAACCGAGAACCUGACAGUCCACUGGUCAACAAAUAAAGAGAGUGCUUUUCACACCCAGCUUCCCACAAUAAAUAACAGUACUGGAGACAUUUCACAUGCAGGAAGUUCUGCCCCCACAUUUCCUGCGUCGCGGGACCCCAGUAAGAUGACAAAGAAGCACACGACAGCAGCGACGACAGGAAUGUCCACAGAUACCACAACUGUCGCUAAGAAAUCCACCACAAUAACGACCCACUCAUGUUCCACAUCCUCUUCCCAAGGGGGCGGACUUGUGAGUCGUUGCCUCAUCGCCAUUGCCUUGAUGGCUGCGUUGACCACCAUCUUUAUCGUUAGCACCAUCUGCCUGGCUACCAAACUCUCGGUAUACAGAUACAGGCAUAAGGCGCAUCUUCUCCAGGAAACUGAGAUGGUCUGCAUUUCUGCCCUGAUGAAUGAUACCGAUCACCCGGUUCCAAAGCCAAGAAGACAUCCCAAAAGUAACGGAGCAUUGAUCCCCAGUACUGAGGAUGGAGAUCCUGACGGAGAUAAUCUCACUCUAAACAGCUUUCUUCCUGAAACCGAGGGCCCUCUUUAGAAGUUUAGACCUGUAUUCACUGAGAAACAGGGUGCAGCAUGGGAUUUUUUUUUUUUUUUGCUCUCAAACAUUAAAUGACCCAAACCCAGCUCUAGAAUGGUUUGCACUGACAGUAAAAUCCUCAGUUUUCUCACUCAAUGAAGUUUUAGCAAUGAUCUGAUGCCUGGCUUUUAAAACAACCAUUUUAUGAUUUGCUGUACAAUAAUCCACAUCUUUUAUUUAAUCAGUGGAACAUUUAAUUGUUUUUGUAAGUGUAAAGAGGUUUGGAUGUUAUAUUUAAUAAUUUCUUUGAGAUAUUGUACUACUACUUUCUCUGAGGAGCUCAGGCAUUAGUAGGGCUUGGCCGAAUGUAUUGCUGAAUAUAGUCUGUGGUUCAGCCAGCGCUGUAUAAUUUACUUGAACAGAGUGAUGUUGGAGAUUAUCACAGGCUGAAUAUAACAUGUUAUCAUUGCAAAUGGACAUAAAAUAUAUGCUUUGACAUUUACCCAGAAAGAACUGAGCUUUUGCACAGAAAUGACACACUUUCCUUUGUGUGAAUUUUAAAAAAUGGCCAAAGCCAACUAGAUUAACACUGCGAAACUAAUAGAUUGUCAGCAAAAUAUGUAUCUUUUUUUUUCAGUUAAUUGUGUUUAUUUGUACUGUAGUAUUUUUGUAGUUAUUUUUUACAUUUUUUAUUUUCUGCUAUAUAACUGGCCAUUUUCUAUGUAAAUUCUACGUGUAGGCAACUUCAGUAUGAAUGUUCAAGUGGAUGAAUGUUGAAAAAGUCAUUGUGCAGUUAUAACCCAGUUAUUGUUACCCAAACUAAUUUUAUAAAUGUUAAAUAAACCAUUUAAUUGAA